GAUCAAUCAAUGAUGCGGAAGGAAGAAAACCUCCCAAAACCAGAUCAAGCAAGAGGACGUAACCUUUGUGAUGCCACAGCCUACACUCGUCCACACCGCAGUAGGCACGUCGAAAAUCAGCGCUCAUAGUCAUCCCUCCCCGUCAAACGCUCCUUUAUUCACUGCCCUCCUCCCUCCCCUCACCCUGUUUUCUUCUCCUCUCAGUCUUCUACAAUCUUCAACUAGAAAGAAAAGCUUAAAUGGAUCCUGAUUGUACGAAGUUCCCGAUUCUGUCAUACAUCCUUUCCCAACAAGAUCCUUACACUUACCCAUCACUCCCUUCAGAAACCCACCAGAAUUUGUUCAUCCAUUUCCCCCGUUUAACCGACCCAAGAAUCCUUUCUUCACUCUCCCAAUCCAUCCCCCUCACUGUCACCCAAACCCACUUCUCCCUCCGCUCCCUGGGUCCUCGCCCCCACCCAUCAGCAGUCUCCUCGGCCCGAUCCAAGAUUGCCCAGAUACAAGAAAUUCAAUCUUCCUCACAGGAGGCCGAGAUAUACAAGGCGGUGCUUAGGUUGGAAGAUAUGCACGAGGAUUACGAGAGACAGUUGACUGAGGUGGAGGAGAAUCUGGGUCGUGUUUACGGCUCGGUUGUGGAGGAAAUGGGAGGUGACGAUGAAGUUGAUGAGGAAGUUGUGAGGAUAUUGAAAGAAGCUGAGAAUAGUGGGGUAGUUGAAAGAGUUGAGCUUUCUGGGAGACAGUUGAGGCUAUUGCCUGAGGCUUUUGGGAAACUUCAUGGUUUGGUUUAUCUCAAUCUUUCCCGUAACCAGUUAGAGAUCAUUCCUGAUUCAAUAGCUGGGCUAAAGAAACUUGAGGAGCUUGAUGUCUCUUCCAACCUUUUGCAAAUUCUACCUGACUCCAUUGGAUUGUUGCUUAAUCUGAGGGUCCUCAAUGUGUCGGCAAACAAGCUAAAUGCACUUCCUGAAAGCAUUGCUGGAUGCAGUUCACUGGUGGAGUUGGAUGCGAGCUUUAACAACUUGACAUGUCUGCCAACAAACAUUGGGUACGGACUCUUAAAUCUUGAAAAGCUCUCGAUCCAGCUGAAUAAGAUGCGCUUCCUGCCACCAUCAAUCUGUGAAAUGAGGUCCUUGAGAUAUCUGGAUGCUCAUUUCAAUGAGCUUCAUGGUCUGCCACAAGUGAUUGGGAGAAUGACAAGCCUUGAAGUCCUGAACCUGAGCAGUAAUUUCAAUGACUUUACAGAACUUCCUGCAACUAUUAGUGAUCUAAUUAAUCUCAGGGAACUUGAUCUUAGCAACAAUCAAAUCCGAGCUCUACCCUACACAUUUGGCCGCCUUGAAAAACUAUCAAAGCUCAAUUUGGACCAGAACCCACUUGUAGUACCUCCAAUGGAGAUAGCAAAGGAGGGGGCUGAUGCUGUCAAAGAGUUCAUGUCAAAGAGGUGGCUCGAAAUAAUCACAGAGGAACAAAGAAAAAUCACGCAAGAGGCAAACAAUCAGCAAGCUCAGACGGGGUGGUUGACGUGGGGAACUUCAUUGGUGACUAACAUCGUCUCUGGGGUUUCGCAAAGUGUUGGGGGAUAUCUGAGCGGGCCAACUACUCCUAGGGAUCCUUAUCUGGAUCAACAACUGUAAUUUCUUGGGCACUUUAAUUGUCCGGGAUGCGUAUGCAUAAUGUUUAGCAUAUGUACAGUUGUGUAUGUGUAUUCGUUCUCUGGAAUAAUAUGGACGCCUUGUAUUUUCUUUAUGGUAAUCGUCGGAGCUGAAUGGACGUAUUGUGAUUUGAAUAUGGUGGGGUUUUGGAACUGUCCAUGAGUUGGCUCCUUUCAGCUUCCAACCCCCAGAAUGAAACCAUACGAGUUUCUGGGCUUCCUCUCUUCUUGACUCUCUAUUCUUUCCUUUGUGGAGACCUUGUGAAAUUUGUACUUUAUAAAUGCAA